AUGAAUGCCCACCCCAAGGAGAUGGUGCCUCUCAUGGGCAAGAGAGUUGCUGCCCCCAGUGGGAACCCUGCCGUCCUGCCAGAGAAGAGGCCGGUGGAGAUCACCCCCACAAAGAAGAGUGCACACUUCUUUCUGGAGAUAGAAGGGUUUGAGCCCAACCCCACAGUUGCCAAGACCUCUCCUCCUGUCUUCUCCAAGCCCAUGGAUUCCAACAUCCGGCAGUGCGUCUCUGGUAACUGUGAUGACAUGGACUCCCCCCAGUCUCCUCAGGAUGAUGUGACAGAGACCCCAUCCAAUCCCAACAGCCCCAGUGCACACCUGGCCAAGGAAGAGCAGAGGAGGAAAAAGAGGCGGCUGAAGAAGCGCAUCUUUGCAGCCGUGUCUGAGGGCUGUGUGGAGGAGCUGGUAGAGCUGCUGGUGGAGCUGCAGGAGCUUUGCAGGCGGCGCCAUGACGAGGAUGUGCCUGACUUCCUCAUGCACAAGCUGACAGCCUCCGACACGGGGAAGACCUGCCUGAUGAAGGCCUUAUUAAACAUCAACCCCAACACCAAGGAGAUCGUGCGGAUCCUGCUUGCCUUUGCCGAAGAGAACGACAUCCUGGGCAGGUUCAUCAAUGCCGAGUACACAGAUGAGGCCUAUGAAGGGCAGACGGCGCUGAACAUCGCCAUCGAGCGGCGGCAGGGGGACAUCGCAGCCGUGCUCAUCGCCGCCGGCGCCGACGUCAACGCCCACGCCAAGGGGGCCUUCUUCAACCCCAAGUACCAACACGAAGGCUUCUACUUCGGUGAGACGCCCCUGGCCCUGGCAGCAUGCACCAACCAGCCUGAGAUUGUGCAGCUGCUGAUGGAGCACGAGCAGACGGACAUCACCUCGCAGGACUCACGAGGCAACAACAUCCUUCACGCCUUGGUGACCGUGGCUGAGGACUUCAAGACGCAGAACGACUUUGUGAAGCGCAUGUAUGACAUGAUCCUACUGCAGAGUGGCAACUGGGAGCUGGAGACCACUCGCAACAACGAUGGCCUCACGCCGCUGCAGCUGGCAGCCAAGAUGGGCAAGACGGAGAUCCUGAAGUACAUCCUCAGUCGUGAGAUCAAGGAGAAGCGGCUCCGGAGCCUUUCUAGGAAGUUCACCGACUGGGCGUACGGACCCGUGUCGUCCUCCCUCUACGACCUCACCAACGUGGACACCACCACAGACAACUCAGUGCUGGAAAUCACUGUCUACAACACCAACAUCGACAACCGGCAUGAGAUGCUGACCCUGGAGCCCCUGCACACGCUGCUGCAUAUGAAGUGGAAGAAGUUUGCCAAGUACAUGUUCUUUCUGUCCUUCUGCUUUUAUUUCUUCUACAACAUCACUUUGACCCUCGUCUCGUACUACCGCCCCCGGGAGGAGGAGGCCGUCCCGCACCCCUUGGCCCUGACGCACAAGAUGGGGUGGCUGCAGCUCCUAGGGAGGAUGUUUGUGCUCAUUUGGGCCAUGUGCAUCUCUGUGAAAGAGGGCAUCGCCAUCUUCCUGCUGAGACCCUCGGAUCUGCAGUCCAUCCUCUCGGAUGCCUGGUUCCACUUUGUCUUUUUUGUCCAAGCUGUGCUUGUGAUACUGUCUGUCUUCUUGUACUUGUUUGCCUACAAAGAGUACCUCGCCUGCCUCGUGCUGGCCAUGGCCCUGGGCUGGGCGAACAUGCUCUAUUAUACGCGGGGUUUCCAGUCCAUGGGUAUGUACAGCGUCAUGAUCCAGAAGGUCAUUUUGCAUGAUGUUCUGAAGUUCUUGUUCGUAUAUAUCGUGUUUUUGCUUGGAUUUGGAGUAGCCCUGGCCUCGCUGAUCGAGAAGUGUCCCAAAGACAACAAGGACUGCAGCUCCUACGGCAGUUUCAGCGACGCAGUGCUGGAACUCUUCAAGCUCACCAUAGGCCUGGGUGACCUGAACAUCCAGCAGAACUCCAAGUAUCCCAUUCUCUUUCUGUUCCUGCUCAUCACCUAUGUCAUCCUCACCUUUGUUCUGCUCCUCAACAUGCUCAUUGCUCUGAUGGGUGAGACUGUGGAGAACGUCUCCAAGGAGAGCGAGCGCAUCUGGCGCCUGCAGAGAGCCAGGACCAUCUUGGAGUUUGAGAAAAUGUUACCAGAAUGGCUGAGGAGCAGAUUCCGGAUGGGAGAGCUGUGCAAAGUGGCUGAGGAAGAUUUCCGACUGUGUUUGCGGAUCAAUGAGGUGAAGUGGACUGAAUGGAAGACGCACGUCUCCUUCCUUAACGAAGACCCGGGGCCUGUAAGACGAACAGCAGAUUUCAACAAAAUCCAAGAUUCUUCCAGGAACAACAGCAAAACCACUCUCAAUGCAUUUGAAGAAAUAGAGGAAUUCCCGGAAACGUCGGUGUAGAAGUGGAACCCAGAGCUGGUGUGCGCGUGCGCUGUCUGGCGCCGCAGGCGGAGUCACCGACUCCGUGCGAGAGGCUUUGAGGGAUGAUGGAGUCCGGCUCUGCUGCCCUAGAAGCAGAGUGCACCCUCAUGCUCAGUGCUCAGUGGGUGUCUGAACUGAGGGGCAGUUAUCAAUUUGUCUGAGUGGGAAACAUCCUGGAUUUUGUUACUUGGCAAACAGUUGGUGUAAACCUACAGCCAGCAGCAGUCUGGAGCCUGGGAGCCUCCUGAAGUCCCGGGUGAAGCCUCUGGUUUUACCAAUUGCAGGUCGGCUUGGCUGGGAGAGAUGGAUGGCAGGAAAGGGGCAGGAGUCUUGAGGAGCGGGACAGGAGUCUUUCCUCCUGCCAGCUUCCCCCUUCAGCCCCAACCCCAGCCCACACAUUGUACCAUCUCUUCUGCUGUGACUGGGUUGCCUGAAUUUGUGGGAGACCCUUGAUCCCACCCCAGAGUGUGCGGGGGACGGAGGUAAGACGGAUAUCCUGGGGGAGGAGGGGAAUGCACUCUGGAAACACCCUUCCGGAACCCUUCGGGGAAAAGGAGAUCAUCCUUGGAGUGAACGUCCCCUGACACCCCAAGGUUCAAACUGUCUCAAACUGAGAGUUGUUUUUAGUAGCAUAAUUAACACAGUGUUUUAAUUUUCAAUAUGGAAAAGACAUUUCAGUUGAGAAUGAAAAUUAUUACAAUGAAGUAUGUGAUUUUAAAAGUGGAGACAGAUUAGGGGGCUUUGGGGCUGGAUGUAAGUAUUAUAUAUUUGGCCUCAGGGUGCCCAGAGCAAGACAAAAAGCUUUUCUUCACACACACAAAAGUCUGCAUGAGACACGCCGGGCAAGUCCUGCUGGGCCGCGGCGAUCUGGGUGAAAGGGCCUGGCUCUUUUCCUCGUCCUGGCCUCACAGUAGCGUAUGCCUCUGUGCUGGGAUCGUGGCUUCCGCUGAAGCAGAAAUAGCAGCUGCUCGAUCGAUAUCAUCUUGGAACUCAGCAGUUAGUCGCAUACCUCAGUAUGUCUCAUGGGGGGAAUUUAACAAAAUGCCUCAACUGCUUUGGUACGAAGUAUUUUUUUUUUUAGUUUAACUGUGAAUUUUGAAGCUGAAGGGGAAGCUUGUGAGAGAAAAGCAUUUGCCAAGACUUGGAGCUUAUUUUUAGGUCCUCAUCCUCUGAUGUUCUCCUUCUGAAAUGACACGGAGUCAGUCUGGGGGGCAGAAGUGAAGUGGAGAUGGAAGGAUUUUCCAGGUGACUGGGACCGAAACCACCAGAAAAUCCACUCUGCCGCCAUUAUCUGGUGAAAGGAUUCAUGUAAAAAUGUUCGAGGUGGAAUUAUAAAAAUAGUAACCAUAAAUGUUAAUCUUAAAUGGCAGAAAUAGCAAUUUGGCCUUCAGAUAACAUGGCAAUUGAUUAGUUCAUCUGGCUUGAGGCAAACUGAAGAGUCCGGGCCUAGCAGUGCACUCUAGUCCAGUUUCUCUGCCCUGGGCCACUCUGUGUGCCAGACUAGCUGGACAGAUAGAGACUCUGUGCCCCUGAUGGGGCCGGUUGGGGAGAGGUGGGCUGGGGUGUGUGAGGCUUCACAAUCCACAGCAGCCCCUGCCCUCCCAGCUGACCCAGGGAGUAACCACGUGCUCUAAGCCACAGUGGUCGGGGCUGGGCAUGGGCCUCUGGAGAAAAGAUUUGAGGGGGACUGUCCUAGAGGCAGGAGGUGCAGAUGUGUUCCAGAAUGGGCAGAACUAGGAAAUUGAGAAAGAUUUUGGCUCAAUAGAAUCCAGCAACUGCUCCAGAUGUUGGAGAUGUUUAAGCAGAAGCUAGCUGAGCACUUAAUGAGGAAUGUUGUUGAAAAUGGUCAUUGGAAGAAGUUUAAGGUCCCUUUUAGCCUGGAGAUUGUACAAAUCAGCAUUCCACAUCUGGAGUUAGCUACCCGCAUUAAGCCUGAACAGACAUCUUGGUCUGAAAGGAAGUGGUUUGGAUUCAUGAUGCCGUGCUCUGCACUAUGGAGCUGGAAAUUCCAGAAUUGCUUUGACUCAGAUAUUAAUGAAGAAAGUCAUAUCCAUUAAUGGAUAAAGCCAUAUCUGUUAUGGAUAAAGCCAUAUCCAGAAUUGCUUUGACUCAGAUGUUAAUGGAUAAAGCCAUAUCCAGAAUUGCUUUGACUCAGAUGUCAAUGGAUAAAGCCAAUUAUUGAUUUCUAUUUGCCUAACCUGCCAGCUUUUGUCCAAGUGGGGAAUGGAGAGCUAUAUGGAUGUUUGUCAUCUCACAUGUUUUGGUGAUCUGCUGUCUGUGGGUCUGGAUGGAAUUUGUUGGCAAGACCAUUUUCUGUAUUGGAUAUUCUUCCCAACAGUGUCCACCCCAAAAGGCUUUCAGCCAAAAGGUCUGAGCCUAGGUAGGUUUACCAAGGGAAGCCAUGAGUCAAGAAGCAUCAGAGUGAAAAGGACCACUUCCUUCAUUUUACCCCCAGAGGCUAAUGUUCCGAGAGGAAUGUGUACUUGGGCAGAGUCGUGCAGGAAGGUCAUAUCAGAGCUGUGGAGGCUGGAGUGUCCUGAUUCUUGGACCACAGAUGUCUCCCUGAGACAUUAUUUAUUUAUUUUUAAAAAGCACAGUUAUUCCAUCAUUUUGAGUCUUUGUAGUUGGCUUAUAUUGGGGGGGCAGGACUAUUUUCUCAGGUGUCUCAUUUGGCAGUCAACAUUGUCCCCUAUGUUCCCUAUGACUAGUUGAAAAUUCAAGUGUGCCUACAGGGGUGCACAAAACCACACCCACACCCACCCACAUACCCCCACACCCCCACCCCCUCCCCCACACACACCUACACCCCAUUGAACCCGUGGGUCUAUCAGGACAUCCUAAAACUCCGUGAUUGACAUUUCAGUAAUUUCAGGGGAAGGCGUUUUCCAGGGAUGGGGUCUCCCAGGCUCAGAUAGUGCCUUUGGCUGCAAACGCUCCUUUAGCUAAACUUUUCCUCAGGAAGAAUUCAUUAUUCUAGACAUUAUGUGAUAUAUCCGUUUGGAAUAAAAGGUGCUUAACCUUCCUCCCUGGGAUGUGGGAGAAGGUGCUGGAGGUUGUACUGUGAAGUCUUUAAGCUCUUAGAAGGCUCCAGCCUGAGAGAGCCCAGUAUUAUUGACAUUCCUUUCCUUCCUCAAGUCCUGGUGACCUGUGUCCUUUCGCUCUGGGCAGGGCCCAGGUAGAUGGGCCGUCCUCCGGGCCUGUAAGCUGUACUUGAUUUCUGCAUUGAUUUACAUAUUUUUUACUGUGAUGUUGGUUCCAAACACAGAAUUGUCACGCCGUCUCCCUGAAUGUGCCGGAUCCUUGUAAAUUCUCAUUUACCUACUUGUUCUUAGUGGGGGGUGUGUGUGUGUAUGAAACUCUAUGUUCAAGAAAGAAAUCAUACAAAGAGUAAGAACAUGUUUGUGCCAUUGAAGACAUGGUUUUUUGAUUUCUAAUAAAUAUUUAUUUUGCUUUGUUACGGCCACGUUUUAUCCUUGCCUUAGGUGUGCCAAUGUGCAGACUGACUAGAAACCCUAGAGUGUUGUUAACAGGAG